AUGAAUGAUCGUUGGAUGCAGGGUCCACAAUUUCUGUACAUGAAGGAGGAAGACUGGCCAUAUACAUCCCGAGAAAAUUAUCAUGCUAUUUCCGAAGUAGUGUCAGUAAUCCCAACAAGUAAAUUUGAAAGCUGGGGCAAGUUGCUGAGGGUCACAGCAUAUGUUUGCCGCUACAUGGACGCAUUACGUGGUAUUAAAAGAGAAAAUCUAGCUUUGUCUUCCGAAGUAUUCCAACGAGCAGAGCGUGUCCUCUACAGGCAUAUUCAAGCAGAAUCGUUAUUAUCGGAAUUGGAAUUUGCUGCAUCACUGAGAAAGGUUGCAAAGAAGACAGCCCAGUGUUCGAGUAUCAUACUCUCAAUGAAACCCUAUUUAAACGAAAACGGAGUAAUGAGAUCCAUGAGUCGAAUUAAUAAUGCAAAGUGGCUGAAUAUAUACACAAGACAUCCCGUAAUACUCCCCGACAAUAAUCGAGCAACAAGACUCUUAAUACGUCAUUAUCACGACAAAUUUCGGCAUAUCGUCGUGAACGAAAUAAGAAAGAAAUAUUUUAUUCCGAAACUACGACAGCUGCUGAUACGCGUAAGGAAACACUGUUUUCGGUGCAAGAUGAAUGUAGCCAAGGCCACCCCUCCUGAAAUGGCAAUUUUACCAGAAGUUCGAGUAUCAGCAUUUACACCACCCUUUUCGUACAGUACAGUUGAUUACGGUGGUCCAUUUGACAUUGUCCAUGGUCGCAAGAUAGAGAAGAGGUGGAUUUGCCUCUUCACGUGUCUGGUAACCAGAGCAAUCCAUAUUGAAAUUGCCUACACCUGUAGUACGGACUCAUUUAUUCUUUGUUAUAGAAAUUUUUUAUGUCGAAGAGGGACCGUUAGAAAAAUGUUCAGCGAUCGUGGAACAAAUUUCAUUGGAGCGGAAAAGUUACUGAAGACAACCUAA